AUGCGUCCAUACCAGAAAGAAAAAGUAAAGAAUUACUCAGCACGUAUUCCACAAUGGAAAAAAAUCGAUAAAGAAAUUCAACAAUUGACAAGACAAUAUCAUCAAAUUGAUCCUGGAUCGAUUGAAACUUUUAAAGAUUUUCCGUUGAGUCAAAAAACUCUUGAUGGUUUAGUUAAAGCUGAUUUCAAAAAUCCAACUGACAUUCAACGUGAAGCUAUUGGAGUUGCACUACAAGGUCAUGAUAUUCUUGGAGCAGCAAUGACUGGUUCAGGAAAAACACUUGCAUUUCUUAUUCCAGUUCUUGAAUGUCUUUAUCGAGCUCGAUGGACGAGCAAUGAUGGCCUUGGUAUUUUAAUCAUAUCACCUACUCGUGAACUUGCAUAUCAAACAUUUGAAGUUUUAAAAAAGAUUGGUCAAUUUCAUGAUUUUUCAGCUGCAUUGAUCAUUGGUGGAAAAGAUUUAAAAGGCGAACAAGAGCGUAUCAAUCGUACGAAUAUCAUUGUCUGCACACCUGGUCGAUUGUUACAACAUUUUGAUGAAACAUGGAAUUUUUCAUGUGAAAAUUUAAAAAUGCUAAUUAUUGAUGAAGCUGAUCGUACAUUAGAUAUGGGUUUUGCUGAAACCAUGAAAUCUAUUGUAUCUAAUUUACCGAAGGAACGACAAACAAUGUUAUUUUCCGCUACACAAACGAAAUCCAUACGUGAAUUAGCUUUAGUCAGUUUAGAAAAACCGGUGUAUAUAUCUGUUCAUGAAAAAGCGAAUACAAGUACACCAUUAAAUCUAACACAAAGUUAUAUCGUUUGUGAAGUACCACAAAAAAUUGGUUUAUUAUGGUCAUUUAUUAAAAAUCAUCUGAAAUCAAAAAUGAUUGUUUUCAUUCAAAGUUGUAAACAGGUUAAAUUUCUCUAUAAUGUUGUGUGCAAACUUCGUCCCGGUUUACCAGUACUUGCAUUGUAUGGCACGAUGGGUCAAAUGAAACGAAUGUCAGUAUAUGAUGAGUUUUGUCGAAAACAACAUGCUUGUUUGUUCGCAACUGAUAUUGCUGCAAGAGGAUUAGAUUUUCCGUCUAUUAAUUGGGUUAUUCAAUUUGAUUGUCCACCGGAUGCUAAUACAUAUAUUCAUCGCGUAGGACGAACUGCACGAUUUCAACAUGGUGGAGAAGCUUUGUUAAUUUUAACAGCUCGUGAAGAACAAGGAAUGAUUAAACAACUCGAAGAUAAAAAAGCUCCAAUAAAAAAAAUUGAAGUUAAUCCUAAUUAUAUUCAUGAUUUAACACCAAAACUUCAAGCACUCUGUGCACAAUUUCCAGAACUUAAAGAAGAAGCAAAACGAGCGUUUACAUCUUAUCUUCGUUCACUUAUUCUGAUGGGUAAUCGAAAAGUGUUCGAUGUUAAAUCAAUUGAUAUCGAAGCGUUUGCUAGUGCAUUGGGUCUUGAAAUUGCGCCAAAAGUUCGUUUUAUUAAAAAAGGACAAAAACAAGAACAGCCAACCAAUGGCGACAAUAAAUCGUCAGUUGAAGACAAAAAUAAUGAUGACAGUCAGAAAGAAGAAAACAAAGAUACUGAAGACGAAGAUGACGAUGAAGAAGAUUGGUUUACAGUGAAAAGAACAUCUGAUACACUUGAACAAGCAACUAUUGAUCUACCACAACCAGUAGAAAAAGAAAAAAAAAUAUCAAAAGCUAAAUUAGCUAAAAAACUACGGAAGAAAAAUCUUCUCGUUAAUAAACGUGUUGAAUACGAUGAAGAAGGCAACGUAAUUGUUAAUUCAGAUGACGAAGAUCAAUCAUCAACGUACAAUAUUGAAGAAGCCAAAGCUCGUCUUCAAAAUAUGGAUAAAACCGAUAAAGAAGCUUAUCGUGCAUUGAUCAAACAAAAACAUAAGGAUCGUCGUUUGAAAGAAAAAGAAGCUCGUAAAGCCGCACGUGAAGCCAGACGACUUAAAAAGCAAGAAGACGAAGAAGAAUCCAAUGAAGAUGAAGAAAAAAAUAUUGAAAAUGGAAAAGAAAUGAACGUCGAUAAUGAUGAAGAAGAAGAAAGAUUAGAAAGAAAACGAAGCUUAUCACCACCACCACAAGCUGAAACAAAAAGAAAAAAGAAAAAACAACGAUCGUUGACAGAAUUCAUCAACGAUGAUUCUACAAAGACUAUAAAUGAUACAGAACAACUUGCCCUGUAUUUGUUAUCAAAAUAA